UAUAUUGGUUUUUCAACAGUAUAACGGUUCAUCAGCAACAAUGAAUUGUGGCACCUUUGUAAAGCGCAAUUUCACAGAGACCGGCAUACACGGUUUGCCCUAUCUCAUACGUAAGGAUUUGCAUUGGACAGAGCGGCUAUUUUGGCUGGGCAUCGUCAUUUCAGCCACUUACUACUCCAUCUUUAUAUGUUUGGAUCAAAUGAAGCGUUUUCGUGAAAAUCCCAUUGUCUUUGCCGCCGAAUUGACUUGGGAUAAGAAGGAUUUCCUUUAUGCAGGCAUCACAAUGUGCAGUGAUUAUCGCAAUGAGUUGGCCGAAAGGGAGUUAAUUGAGGAGUAAGUUUGAGAGUGCAAAAUACGACGCCAGAUAUUUUGUGAGUAGCAUAACUAUGCCUAAAACUAUGCAACAAAAUUAAAAAAAAUAUAGUACCAGUGGCAAAAAGUAAAGCAUUUGAAGGCAUAAUUUUAGGCGCUGCUCCUUGCAUUAUCGUUGUGAUGUAUUUUGUCUGAGUUUUCAAUGUACUUCUCUUAUGCUUUUAAAUCAGAAUCUGGCAGCUCACGCCUAACGACACUCGCUACGAUUAUUAUGCGGGCUUUCUGCAAGUUUUGAAUUUAUUACGUUAUGACACUCUGGACACACUGCAUCCCUAUCAAAAUGAUACCACAUUAGGGCAUAUAAAUUAUGUAGAUGUUUUAACGAAGGUAAGUAAAUAUAUAAAUCGAUUAAUUUUCUAAAUCUCAAAAAUUUGUGAACUAACCACCUAAUGAAAAAGUGUGCCUAAAGGUAUGCAAUAAAAAUUUGACUGAAAAUAAUAGAAAAUAUAUAUAUUCCCUAGCCGCUCAAUUUAAUCGGAGUUUGAUGAUACUGUAAGGGUUCUGCUUUGAUUUACACAAAAAAAAAUAUUAUAUUACAUACCCGAAACAACAAAAAGCAACUCUUUCUCUUGCAGUUACAGAGACCCGAAGGACAAGAGCUUCAACUAUCAAAAUCAAAUCAAUAUGCACCAGCCAUGACUGAGGUUGGUCUAUGCCGUACCUCUUCGCAACUAAAUAAAUACACGAAUCCAAGUGGAAAAUUGUACGUUUGUUGGAUGUUGAAUUUAAUGUUCAUCACAUUAAUGCGCCUAAAAAUAUGCCGCCACACAUUAAUUGAACUUGGAAAUUCUCUUAUUUUACAGAAAAUCCAUCGAUGUUGGUCCCGUGCAGUACUGUCUAUUCAUGAGUAUUUGCAUCACCAAACUAUAUCCCGAAUAUCCCGACAACGCCCAAGUUUCUGUGGUAUGUUUACUAUGGCGAACGCCACUAUCAAAAAAAAAAACCCCCUUCAGAAUAAUUCCUUAUUUCGCUAGUACUUGCACAAUCCAUUCGAUGUGGUGUCCCCAGGACACAUAACCAACGUUUAUCUGACAGCUUCACCGGGUAGAGUCUUAACCGUUGACUUGGAGAUAAGCACUUUCAGCGCCGAAGUCGAGGUGCGAAAUUUACCUGUGGAAUAUCGCAAAUGUCGCUAUCCGGACGAGAGUAAUCUCAAGUUUUUUCAGGUAGUUUUGUUAAUCAGAGUCUAAAUGAUUUCAUUUUGUUAUAUUCUCCUCUGACCAAAAGACCUACACAACUGCUUUGUGCUGCAUGGAUCAACGCAUCCGUCGAGCCUUGGAGCUGUGCAAAUGUAAGCCCCACUUCUAUGCCGUUGCCCCGGAAUUACCCGUUUGCAGUGUGGAUCAGCUUUUGUGCCUACAUAAGCAUAAUUGGACGAAGACAAAUUGCACAGGGUGUGUGCAACUCUGUGAGUAUAUGUUUUAUGUGCAGCUCCAGCAAAGUCUUUCGCCGCCUAUGCAGGUAUGUAGCCACUGAUGUACUUAAUUAAACACUGCAAUUACUCAUCUCUCUGUUUAUCCCUUCU